AUCAGGGCAGCCGGUGAUGAGAAGUGUCCCGGAUAUUCGCCUUCCUCCUCCGCUUGGGUCGUCGGACUCCGCCGCCGCCGCCGCUGCCGCCGCUCACUCGCCUCUGAAGCGGGACGACGGAGGUCCGUGACCAGCCUGAGGGGCCGGUGUGGUUACCGCGGUAACAGACAUGCCAAAUCCGGACCUGCUCUGCCUAGUUCAGCUGCUGGACGGCACCAUCGAGACCUUCCGAGUAAACAAGCAAGAUGAAGGUGCGGUUCUGUUGGACCGAGUGUGCGACCACCUGGACCUGCAGGAGAGGCAGCUCUUCAGUCUGCAGAUCAAAGAGUCCGGCACGGCCGUCGCCUCCGUCGCAGCCGACGCGCACUCGCCUAGAUGGUUGGAGCCUGAGAGACCCUUGAAGAAGCAGCUAAAAGGUGUCGCGUGUCCCUUUUAUCUAAACUUCCGGGUGCGCUUCUUCAUUUCCGAUCCCAACUCUCUGCAGUGUGAACAGACGAGGAACCUUUACUUCCUCCAGAUCUGGACUGACAUUAAAGAGGGCAGGUUGCAGUGCCCGCUGAGUUCGGCCGUCGUGCUGGCCUCUUACGCCGUCCAGUCCGAGCUGGGGGACCACGGUCCGUCCCGGCAAAGCGGUUACUUGUCAAAGUGCCACUUCAUCCCUGAGCAGGACGAGAACUUUGCAUCCAAAGUGGAGGAGCUGCAUCCCAAGCACAACGGUCUGACGAAAAGUGAGGCAGAGCUGUGUUUCCUCAACACGGCCCGGACGCUGGAGCUGUACGGCGUGGAGCCGCACGCCGCCCUGGACACCAACAAUGCCCCUCUCACGGUGGGCUUGGCAUCAAGCGGCGUUGCGAUAUUCUGUAAUAUGAUUUGCUCCAGUUUCUUCCCCUGGGGAAACAUUAUCAAGAUUUCAUUAAAGAGGAAGCGCUUCUUCAUCCAUCUCAAGCGCAAACAUGGGGAGACCCAGGACUGCGUGGUGUCGCUGGUUCUGCCGUGCUCCAAGACCUGCAAGAACCUGUGGCGCUCCUGUGUGGAUCACCACUCCUUCUUCAGCUGCAGCCGCAGCGCCGGGAGCCCCAAACACAACAAAAGCAACGUUCAUUCCUACAGGCGGCUGAUUACUCAGCACCUGGGCCUGGCAAACAGUAAAAACGAAAGGUGCCCCCAUAGUGUAUCGUAUGUAUUUCUGUCGGAAAUACCGAAAUAUUACAGAUCUUGUCGACAUCUUUGUAGCGGUCCGGUUUGCCAGCGUGUAGUGGGCGGGAUGGUGUGGAACCCGGUCCUGCGCCGGUCCAUUUCGUCAGAAUAUUUGGAAACAAAGAGUCUGCCGUCUAGAUCGCCCCCCAGCACGCCCAACUGGCGCAGUCCUCGCGUUCGCCACGGCGUCCGCAAAGUGCGCCCGUCGUCCAUGGAGCUGAGCGGCGAGCAGAAAGACGCGUCCGAGGGCGAAGACGUCUUCUACACGUACAGGGCGUCCGUCGGCGGCAGCAAGGGCAGCGAGGGGGACGCGUCGCUGCAUCAGUUGGACGAGAUCCCGUUGCAAGCCGACGACGGCGCAGCAGAAGAGGACGGCGUCAGCGGCUCCGUCUACAGUAACAAGGCCCUCGGCGAGGGCGACCUGCUGCUGAUACGCAUUGCCCCCGAUCGCGAGGGCAAGUUUGGCUUCAACGUUAAAGGCGGGGUGGAUCAGAAGAUGGCUCUCGCCGUAUCCCACGUUAAACCCGACUCUCCGGCCGGUCGAUGUGAGCCCAAACUGCUGGAGGGUGACCAGGUGGUGCUCAUCAACGGUCGAGACAUUUCUGAACACACGCACGACCAGGUGGUCAUGUUCAUACGGGCCAGCAGAGAGUCGCACUCCCGGGAGCUGGCCCUGCUCGUCAAACGCAAAGGUCCCGGCCGAGCGGCGGCGCUCCUGCUGCCGUCCCCGGCCCUCGCCCUCGCCGCUCCGUCCCGGGGAGACGCGCCGCCGUCUCCCGGCCGCUCGGGGCGGGUCGCCACGCUGGACGAAUCCAUGCGACUGUUGGAGAGAGGAAUUCAGUCAGGGACGCUGUGCUUCCAUUUCGAGAAUUUAUACAGGAGGAAGCCCGGCUUGUCGCUAAGCUGCGCUCGGCUUCCCAAGAACAUGGACAAGAAUCGCUACCGGGACAUUUUACCCUAUGACGCAACCAGAGUCGCCCUCCAGGGCCAGGACGACUACAUCAACGCCAGCCACAUCGCGGUGGAACCUCCGGUGUCUGGGGUGUGUUUACGUUAUGUUGCAGCUCAGGGUCCACUGCCGCAGACCUGCGCUCACUUUUGGCAAACUGUUUGGGAGCAGCAGUCGCACACCGUCGUCAUGCUUACAACUCUGACGGAGCGGGGAAGGACCAAGUGCCACCAGUACUGGCCGCAUCCGCCGGAAGGCAAGGAUUACGGACACGUGCGGGUGACGUGUCACUCGGAGGAGUGCAACCUGGCCUACGUGACGCGGCGGUUCACCCUCGCGCACACUCAGCGGGGCGAAGAGCGUGCGGUCACGCACCUGCAGUACGUGGCGUGGCCCGACCACGGCGUACCCGACGACCCCUCCGACUUCCUGCUGUUCGUCGGCUCGGCGCGGGAGAGGAGGCGAGCCCGAGAGCCUCUCGUGGUGCACUGCAGCGCCGGGAUCGGACGGACGGGCGUUCUGAUCACCAUGGAGACGGCGCUGACGCUGCUGGAUCGGGGGCUGCCGGUGUUCCCGCUGGACAUUGUCAAAACACUGAGAGAUCAGCGAGCCAUGAUGAUUCAGACCACGUGUCAGUUCCAGUUUGUGUGCGAGGCCAUCCUGCGAGUCUACAAGGAGAAGCGAGGGGGCUCUGCGGCCCCGUAGCCCAAAUCAGAACGAGCACCAGAGGAAAUUGAGCCUCGUAACUUCCACCCGAGCGACUCCCACCGAGGGGCCGACGAGCACCGCGAGAGACGAACCUCUGUUGCGCCUGCGGUGUCGCGACGCGGUCCGGAUGAGAAUGACGUCGCGUCCGAACGCAGCCGGAUGCGAGCACUGUAGCUGAGAUCAAAUUGGACCAUUUGAAUUUUAAACUCGUCCGCCUUAACGCUCUGCCUACGGCGCCGACCGACCUUGAAUGCGACGCACGAAACGAAUCGAGGCCGCUGAGCUCAGGAACAAGUUAGCCUCGUCUGCAGGACGGCGGCGUGAUUGUUGUAAUGUGUGCUUUGUGUGUUUAAAAGGCCUUUUAGUAGAGGAGCACAAGCGUGUGUACUACACAAAAUACUGCGUUGGGGUGCUGCGGUGUUGCUGCCACUUUUCAAUUAAAUUAUUCUCACCAUGAAAUAAACACUGAUUUGUA